ACUUGUCACAUAAAAAAGAAAACAAUGAAUUCACCUCCCCUCUCCUUAAUUUGCAGGAAAUAAUGAAAAUCGAUCUACUGUCGAAGCGACUACCAUCUCUUGGAUUAGCAGGACAUGAUUCAGUUGCAGUUGUCCUAAGAUCUCAGGAUGAAAUCAUGUAUUUUUCCUACCAUAAAUUCUCAACGCUAUGCUCAAAACAAACCUCGAAACAAUAACAGCAGAUUAGGAAUGAUAAACGUCAAUCUGAGUUCGUGCAAUGCAAGGAUUACAAAUUAUGCCAAGAAGGGUUGGAUUGAAGAUGCCCGCAAAUUGUUUGACCAAAUGCCCGAACGAGAUGUGAUCACAUGGACUGCCAUGGUUUCCGGGUAUUCACAGAAUGGAAGAGUAGAUGAUGCGCGCAAUCUGUUUGACAAAAUGCCUCAACGGAAUGUGAUCUCCUGGACUGCAAUGUUAUCUGGCUACGUACAGAAUGGGAGGAUCGAAGAAGCUUGCAUUCUGUUUAGCCAAAUGCCUGAGAAGAAUGUGGUUUCAUGGACCACGAUGCUUGCAGGUUAUAUUCAGGAGGGAAAAUUGGAGCUUGCGCAUGACCUGUUUGACCGAAUGCCUGAGAAAAAUGUGGUCUCGUGGAAUGCCAUGAUUACGGCGUAUGCGCAGAAAGGAGGAAUAGAAACUGCACGGAAGCUGUUUGAUGAAAUGCCUGAGCGAGAUAUUAUUUCUUGGACUUCGAUAGUUGCAGGGUAUGCUCAGAAUGGGAGAAUUUGUGACGCACGCAAGCUUUUUGACAGAAUGCCGAUGAGGAAUGUGGUCUCAUGGAAUGCUAUGAUUGCAGGAUAUGCCCAGAAUGGAGAAGUUGAUGUUGCUCGUCAGCUAUUUGAUAAAAUGUCAGAGCGAAAUCUGGAAUCCUGGAAUGCUAUGAUUGCAGGAUACAUAGAGAAUGACAAAUUACAUGAUGCCCGACAUUUGUUUGAUAUAAUGCCAGCGCGAAAUGUGGUUUCUUGGACUGCAAUGAUAACAGGGUAUGCGCAGAGUGAGGAGAGAGGGGAAGCCCUCAAGAUUUUUAGCGAAAUGCAGCGGAGUGGCGCGAUUCCUAGCCGGGUCACUUUUGUUAACAUUCUUAGUGCAUGUGCCAGCCUAGCAGCUCUGGAACAGGGUAAACAACUGCAGGGAUAUGCAACACAAAUGGGAUUGCAGCGUGACGUCUUUGUGGGAAGUGCUCUCGUUAGCAUGUAUGCCAAAUGUGGAUGCAUAGACAAUGCACGUGAAAUGUUUGAUGAAGUCCCUGCUAGAGAUGUUGUUUCAUGGAAUGCAAUGAUUGCAGGAUAUGCACAACAUGGUUAUGGUAUUGAUGCUCUUAAUAUGCUUGAGGAGAUGCAAAAGGCAGGCAUUAAGCCUAAUGAUGCCACUUUUAUUGGUGUUUUAACUGCAUGUAGCCAUGCUGGCCUCGUGGAUGAGGGCCUGCGCUUCUUUGAAUCCAUGGAGAAAGUUCAUUGCAUAAUCCCAAGAGCGGACCAUUAUGCUUGCAUGAUUGACCUCCUGGGUCGAGCUGGGCGCCUCGAAGAAGCCAAGGGUUUUGUUUAUAAUUCAAGAUGCGAACCAAAUCCUAGCAUGUGGGGAGCACUGCUUGGUGCCUGUAGAAUCCAUGGCAAUAUAGAGUUGGGUAAGCUUGCAGCAGAGCGCCUUUUUGAGCUGGAACCUGAAAAUAGUGGAACAUAUGUUCUUUUAUCCAAUAUUUAUGCUGCAUAUGACAGGUGGGAGGAUGCUAAAAAAAUGAGAACAAUGAUGAAACACAGAGGUCUUAAAAAGCAGCCCGGAUGUAGUUGGAUCGAAGUUAAGAGCAAAGUGCACACAUUCUUUUUAGGAGACAGAUCUCAUCCAGAAUCAGAACAGAUAUAUUCCACAUUGUAUAGUUUGGAUAGACAGAUGAAGUUGGCUGGGUAUGUUCCCAACACUAGCCUGGUUCUGCAUGAUGUAGAAGAGGAGCUGAAGGAACAGAUUCUUAACCAACACAGUGAGAAAUUAGCAAUUGCUUUUGGCAUUAUUAGGAUACCUAGACACAUGCCUAUAAGAAUAUUUAAAAACCUUCGGGUAUGUGGCGACUGCCACAUUGUCACCAAGUUCAUUUCAAAGAUUGCAGAGCGGGAGAUUGUGGUGAGGGAUGGAAGCCGCUUCCAUCAUUUUAAGGAUGGGUUCUGCUCAUGUGGGGAUUAUUGGUGACGCAAUCAUGUUACAAUGAUCUAACUGGAAUCUGAAGCCAUCUAUUAGAAUAUAAAGUCAUGAAUGUAGUUGAAAGUUUUCCAUUGUUUGAAGUUGUGAACGCUUCCUUCCUUUACUGGGAUCCAAACAGAUACCUUUUUAUGUUUUUGUUCAAUAGAUCCAUACAGAGAUGUGUUCUUCCCCUUAGAAUUCGCCGCUUAAGGUGUUCGGUCUUUAUUCAAUGCUAUGCUAUACAGGAAGCACCCUUCAUUAUCAAUUCAUUUUGAUCAUGAAUACGAAAUUAAGGAGAUGGCAAACUUCGUUUGGUGUUGUUUCCAACUGAAGAAAUACCUUAAUGAGCCUUGACGCAUUGCCAGUUGGCUGCAUCCACCGUUGCCAAGGGCAUUUACGCAUUCACUUGGGACUAAGACAUUUCGAACAUAUCCAACCAAUGCAGUCUGCAAAUUAGGCAAAACAAGAGGUACAAUUUUACUUAUGGGAGAUUUCAAGAGAAGAAGAAGCAUGCAGAAAACAUUUGGUCAUAAGAGUCACUACAGUAAAUGGUCUGAAUAUGCAGUAGUCUAACAGGAAAUUGGUAUCUCCAUCCAUUAGAGCUGCAUGUGAUUAUGAUUAUAUGACUAUCUCCCAUUUGCAAAAGGAAAACAGAAAAUUUUCUUACUCCAGUCUGCAGAAGAUGUAGAUCUUACCAAGACAAGAAUGAAUUAAAUAUAAGUGAACGUACAGAUAUGACAGAAUCAACAUUUAUGGCUGGUUUAGAAUGCAAAUAUGAAGUCUGUUGAACCCAAAGUAUCACAAACAAUGAGCACACAGUUAAAUUCCUACUGGGUGUGGUUUGAGCUGGGUUCAAUCCCAGGUGACUUUGACAAAGUAGGUUUCACCUGUUGUGGCCUCAAAGACAAAUGAAUAAGAGACAUUCUACCCACAAAAGAUAAAAUUCCAAACGAUAAGUUUGGCAUAUAGGAUAGAACUCCAUGUGCAACUGACAAACAGACCUAGAUAUAAACGCGAGCACUAUAUACUGUGGAGCAACUUUCCAAAUGGACAUCUUAUAUGGAAAUUAGAGAUCUUUUAUAAUCUUAUCUCGGGAGCCAUGUGUAUUUCUUUUUCAGGUCAGAGAUGUUCAACUGUUCUAAUAAAUUAUCUUUUGCAAGAGUUGAAACAUCAAGUUGGUGAUGCAAGUAUCUAAAGCUUUUAUAAUUUUAUCUUGGGAGCCAUGUGUAUUUCCAGUUCAGAUCAGAGGUGUUCAACUGUUCUCAUAAAUUAUAGCCAAAGUUAUUCCCCUUUAAGAGGAUUGAAUGUCUACAUUUGGUUACUCCUUUAAUUGGUAAAUAUUUAAACUGCAAAUAUGAAAGCCGAGAAACCAACAGCACAAUGAUUAACUGAGACACUCUUGUAGGGAUGACUAGCCAACAGGCUUUAUUUUGUAGAAGCUUCUAGUCACAACAUUGUCUCAUGCUUGUGAAUCAAGUCGCAAAAUGUGGCCAGAAACCAAUAAUAUCUUUUGCCAUUUUGAAUAAAUCCAAUUUUAUCUUCCUUUACUUGUUGCCUACAUUCCACCACCAUUGCACUGAGUAUGAAGGAACCUUUGGGACCAUUGAAGCCCAUUUCUGUACACACAACAACAUUGUUGGGUAUGUGAAGUCCAACGGACUUUGCCCCUUCACAUUCCACGUCUCUUUAAGUACACUGUUUCUCAAAUGACUUCCAUAUAUUGGGGAUUAUUAAUUAUAA